AUGGAUGCAAAUUUAGCAGCUGUUAAAAAAGCAAUGAAAUCCGAUGUCGACUGGACCAUCGACCAAGAAUCAUUAGAAGCCGUUUACCCACAUGUUGCUUCCGAUUUAAAAAAUAGUUUUGGUUAUAUUUUUGCAGGUGUUGUCGAAAAGGUUGCAGCCAAUCUCGCUAAACGUUGUGCUGAUGAAAUGGUAUUAGAAGCGCUGUGCAAGAAACCACCUCAAAUCGUACUAUUGUUAUUAAACACAAUACCACACAAAAUGGAUAUUGGUUAUGGUCAUUCGAAAACGGUAAUUUACAAUAAUAAUAGCAACAAUAAUUACAACAAUAAUAACAAUAAUAAUAGCAACAAUAAUUACAAUAAUAAUGGCAAUAUAUCCUACAGACAACAUUAUAACACAAUCAACAAUAAUUUAGCUGAUCAAAUUCAUAUUCACCAAAACCCCCAAAAUAUAAGAUCAAACCAUCAAUCCCCACUAAGCCAAUUUGUUUCCACAUGUGCACCAUCACACCAUCAGCCAAAAUCACAAUUUUUCAACUCAAUUUCUUCUCAAAUAAUUAAUACCCCAAAUCCACCACCAAUUCUAUCUACUCCAUCAGCAAAUGUAUCAAAAACCUAUGCAUCUCCAUCUACUCCAUUACCAAUAGUAUCAAAAACCUCUGCAUCUCCAUCUGGUCCAUCACCAAUUGUAUCAAAAACCUCUGCAUCUGUCAAUAAACCAACUGAAGAUGACUUCCCAGAUUUAGGUCAAGAAAAGAAACCAAGACAACCAAGACAACAAUCCCCACCACAAGAAUUACGUAACGAUCCAUUUUUUGAAUCUGAUUCACGUAACAGCUCUGCAGGUUCAUCAUUAUCAAAAAGAAAAACAUUCAGAAAGCCAGUAUCAAGUACUAUUUCUACAAGGGAACCAACAUCAACUGGCAAUCAUCCAAUGAAGAAGAGACCAUUGGAAUUUGAUAAUGAAAUAAGUAAUGAUGAUGAAAAAAUUUUCAAAAAACAUAAACUCGAGGAUGAAGAGAGUUUAAAUGCAGUAAAACAAUUUGUUGAAAUGGAGUUAUUAAAAAAAGAAAAAGAAAGAGAAGAAAUAGAAAAAUUGGAAAGACUUAAAACAAUAGAAAGAAUACAAAAAGAAUAUAGAGAAAGGGCAGAAAUAGAAAAAGCCCAAAUUUUAGAAAGAGAAAGACAAAUUAAAGAAGGAUUAGAAAGAAUAAGAUUAGAAAGAAUCCAAUUAGAAAGAGAGCAAAUAGAAAAAUCAGAAAGAUCAACAUUACAAAGAAUUCAAAAAGAUAGAGAAAGAGCAGAAAAAAUAAGAGAAAGAGAGGAAAUAGAAAGAGCAAGACAAGAGCAAAGAAUAAGAGAAGAAGGACAAAGACAAAGGGAAGAGAGAGCAAGUGAAGAAAGAAUCCAAAGGGAUAGAGAAGAAAGAGAGAGGGAAGAAAGAGAAUAA